UCUCCGGACGAAGUAUCUCUCGGCCUGGCUGCCGUGCUGCUUCUUCGUCUUUUCCCCGGGCGCAGAGGGGGGAGCGGUACUUUCGUCUCACCCGAGUUGUACAUGCCCGUCUACUUACAGGUUCUUGAUCCUGGGCAUAAUCUUGUUGGACUUUGAACUUGAGCUGGCAGGUUGGCUGCAAAGGCUCUAACCAAGUGGGUGAGGGAGUGGACAUGCCACCACAUCCUUUCUCUCUCUCUCCCUCUUUCUCUCUGGUCCCCUUCUUUGGGGUGGCCACACACACGCGCACACGGGGCACCGCGGCGGCCCAAACGCAUCAAGUACGCAGUGGUAACUCUACGUACCUCGCCCUCAACGCGGACGGCUGUCGGCCAAGGCAGUCGGAGGCGUGGGAAAGGUGGUGAAGGUGGUGAAAGUGGUACGGGAACUGGGCGAGAGAGCGGCCGCUUUGCCGUCGCCGUCGCCCGCAAGAGGCGGGAGGCGGGAGUUGCAGAGCUUCUGGGAAGGGAGAAGGCAAGCCAGAGCCGGACCAAGAGGGGGAGAAGAAACGAUUUAUAACCAGCUCUCCCUCCCUCCCUUCUUUGCUCCCACCGAUUCCGCCAUCGAUACCUUGUUCUGUCGACAUUGACGAUUCCUCCCAUCCUACACUUUUGUUGUUUAGCCGCCGCGACAAGAGCUUCUGACAACGGUCCGCUCCCGCAGCACCAAAUUGAGUCUUGUUCCCCAAGAAGCUCUGCAACUCGUUCCACCCCUCCUCCUCCCCGCCCGCCUUACCCGUGCGAGCGCCCAUUUGAAUUACCCAUAGCUACCGAAUUUCCCCAUCUUGGAAUCUGAGGUGCUUCAUUAUGGCUAUCACGCCUUCGAAGCCAAUCUUCUGCGCGACCCACCCGAGGGCCUGCUCUACAGCCUUUGAGAGGGUUUUCAUGACCCGCCGGGACAAGCUGGCAUGCGUCCAUGAGCCCUUUGGCGAUGCAUUCUACUAUGGCCCCGAGCGAGUCGGCGAACGCUUCGAGGACGACGCCGAGGGACGCGAGAAGUCGGGCUUCGCCAAGACAACCUACGCCGAUGUCCUGAAGCAGAUCGAGGAGGCUGGCAAAGAUAAGCGUGUCUUCAUCAAAGACAUCGCGCAUUACCUCCUGCCCCCCAACCAGCAAAAGGCCUCCAUCGCCCCCUCGGCCGGCACCACCGCCGAGCCCGGCAAUCCCACGGUCCUGCCCCUCGACAUCCUCCGCAAGUUCCAGUGGACGUUCCUCAUCCGCCACCCGCGCCGCUCCAUCCCCUCGUACUAUCGUUGCACCAUCCCGCCCCUGGACGAGGUCACGGGUUUCAGCAACUUCUCCGCCAGCGAGGCCGGCUACGACGAGCUGCGCCGCCUCUUCGACUUCCUCAUCCGCGAGCGCGUCGUCGACGAGAAGGACCUCAUGGUCGUCGACGCCGACGACCUGCUCGACGACCCGGAGGGCGUCAUCCGCGCCUACUGCGCCCACGUCGGCCUCGACUUCACCGACGCCAUGCUCAACUGGAGCGACGAGGACACCAAGCUCGCCCAGGAAAAGUUUGCCAAGUGGAACGGCUUCCACAACGACGCCCUGUGCAGCACGUCGCUGAAGCCGCGUGACAAGGCCCAUAAAAAGGUCAUCACCCGCGAGUCCGAAGAGGCCGAGUGGUUGAGCAAGUACGGCGAGAAGGGUCUCAAGGAGAUCCGCGAGUGCGUCGACGCCAACGUCAAGGACUACGAGUACCUCAAGAAGUUCGCCAUCAGAGUCUAAAAGAUCAAUGGCACCCGGGGGUUUGUAUAAAACACACACUCUUCACGAAGUUGAUGACCAAGAACGCGCACCUAUUAUUAUCAUUGGGAUUUGAUAAACUGGGAAAGGGGGUGGUAUUUCUUUUUUUUUUCUUCGUCUUCGUUGUCUUUAGUCUCGGUACAUCAUACACAGUACGGUACAGGGAACCGGGUUCCUCCCCCAGGAGAGAGGGUGUUUGAUCGGGUCUAUAUCAUCGGUUCAUGUAACCGUGUUGGUACAAUAGUCUACAUGGCCAAAUGCCAACCAGCCACUCUUCAAACAGGCUGCGUA